CCUAACGUCACAAAAUGGUCGCCGCAAUAUUGUGGUCUGAUACUGUGUCCUUGUUUACAGUUUCUUCGACCAGUGGCGACCAAAGUGGUUCGUCACUGCCGCGAGGCAGAAGAGAUGUAUCCUUUACUUUCAGGGUAAUCAUAUGUCAAGAGUAAAAACUGCAGCAGCGACCAUUGUGCUACACCUGACGAGAUUGUCCUAGUGACAGGUGUGUCAAAAUACUCCUAUUGAGGCAGCACCAUGGGAAAUAUCCUGACCUCAUCCUCAUCAGAGGCAGACCCAGAUUCAGCAUGGAAAGUACAGAACCGAGAAAUGGCCACCAACCCCAUGUACAAGUUUGCUGAUCUUGCCAAGGGGGGAGAACUCAUCAAGGCAUAUGAAGACCAGGGACCAGAUCGUGUCAAAGAGAUUGCCAAAACAAAAAUGAUGACUUAUCUUUACAAUUGUGGCAAGGGUGCUGUAAUUGAAAAAUCGGAGUAUAUCAAAUGGUGUAACAACAGGAAAGCCAAAUUCAAAGCCUUUCAGGAAGAGAGUGAAUUACCAGGGAAAUCAGAGAAGUCUGAAUGGGAACUAAAACAUAAACUUGAAUCAAAACCAGAAGAAAAGACAGAAGAAGAACUUUUAAGGGAAUUUCAGGAGGAUCCUAUCAAUAAGUUUGAACCUCAUGAGGCAUGCUGGGAUUUGAACAAGCGUGGAGGGGUUGGAGAAACGCCUUUCCACUUAUGUUACCUGAUGGACUCUCCUGUUCACUUUGAAGUGGGAAAGGCUCUUCUUGAAGUCUUUCCCAAAUUGGCAUGCGAUGUUUAUGAAGGAGAGGAGUAUUUUGGUGAGAGUGCCUUGCACAUUGCCGUCAUGCUGGAUGACCUGGACAUUGUUCAGCUGCUGGUGCAGAAUGGUGCCAAUGUCAACCAGCGUGCUACUGGACGUUUUUUUCUGCCAGAGGAUUUAAAGAAAAAUCCUGAUCCCACAGCAGCCACUAACUAUGAUGGCUAUGCCUACUAUGGUGAAUAUCCCCUGGCCUUUGCAGCCUGCAGAGGUAACCAGGAUAUUUAUGAUUACCUCAUAGACCAUGGUGCCAACCCCAACUUUCAAGAUUCAUUUGGGAACACAGUGCUGCACAUGGUGGUCAUCCACUGCCAACCUGACUCGGAACAGCAUGAGAGAAUGCGGGGAAUGUUCAGAUAUGCUGUACAGCACAACAUAGCCCCUGCCCAAACAGACAUCCUUAACAAACAGAACUUGACCCCAUUGACACUAGCAAGCAAGUUGGGUCGCUCUGACAUCUUCCGUGAUAUGUUGGACCUGGGAAGUGUGGAAUUUUGGAGAUUCAGUCAUGUGACCUGUUCAGCAUAUCCAUUGGCUGCCAUAGACUCUAUUGGUCCAAAUGGAGAACACAACUGGCAUUCAGCUCUGAUGAUCAUUGUUGAUGGGGAAAGUGAUGAGCAUUUAGAGAUGUUGGAAGGAGGAGUCGUUUGGCAGCUGCUGAAGGAAAAAUGGAAAACAUUUGCAAAGAGGCGAUUUCUUGAGCGGCUGGCAAUUGCCUGUGUACACCUGGUCCUGUUUAGUGUUGCUAUCUACAUCCGGCCUUCUGGCCCCUCACUGUUAGACUACACAGGGGCAGUUGAUGCUGUUCGAUAUUUUUGUGAGGUAAUUGUUUGCCUCAGCUGUACUGCUACGAUCGCCAUGGAAAUCAUUGAAAUUAGUUCACGGGGCUUUUGGAGCUUUCUGAAGAAUUGCUCUCAUGCCCCAGCGCACACUGUCAACUUGGUUUCAUGCUUGCUAAUACUGGCCUGCAUACCAUUCCGCUUUCUCCAGCUCUACGAAGUAGAGGAUAUACUCCUUAUUAUUGCAGCCCCAUGUUCCUGGUUCUUUUUACUCUUUUUUGCCAGGGGAGUCCAGCUUACUGGACCAUUUGUCACAAUGAUCUAUAAGAUGUUAAGAGGAGAUCUUAUACGGUUUGGCAUCAUUUAUUUGAUUUUCCUGAUAGGAUUUACACAAGGGUUUUACUUUCUGUUUCGUGAUGUGACUGAUGAUGACGACAAAGGCGCUAAAAAGUUUGAAACAUUUCCUGAAACCAUCCUGACUCUCUUUCAGAUGACACUUGGAGAGUUCAAGUAUGAUGCAUUUGGCCUGUCACGCCAUGUGCUGCUGACAAAACUGGUGUUUGUCAUAUUUAUGAUACUGAUGCCCAUCCUUCUGCUGAAUAUGCUGAUUGCCAUGAUGGGCAACACCUACACGCAGGUCAUCUCCAAGUCUGAAAAACAGUGGCGCAAACAGUGGGCUAAGAUUGUGGUGGUUUUGGAGAGAGGCUUUUCGAAGAAGCAGCUUCUGCAGUUUCAGAAGGACUACUCUGUGAAUCUAGAGAAACCACCCAAGUAUCAAUUAGCUAAAAGCUGCGAUGAGAACUUUGAGCACCGGGCACUGAUUGUUAUCAAGACAAGUCCUAAAUCUCGUGCUAAGACAUCUAAAGGUGCAAUACUGAACUGGAAGAAACUGGGAAAAGAGGUGAUUAGGCAGCUGCGAACACACAAGAGAGACAAGAAUGAUACCUUCCAGCUGCACAAACGCUUUGGUACAGCUGUCUCUGAUGACGCUGGGAUACCCAACCUGUCUUCCACCGUGGAUCAGCUGGCAUGGGAGCAGGACAUUGACCUCAGCAAGGGCCAGACUUUUGUGGCUGAUGCAGACCAGUUGGGGUCUAUCAGUCCGCGGUACGCAAAGAGACAGGAUCCAUCUCAGACUUCCACUUCUGUCAGCAGCAAAGUGUUUUCAGUCCCAAGCCACAUCACAGGUAGUGGUGAGAGGCACAACCAGAGACAUUCACAGCAAGCUGCAUCUUCUGCAGCAUCACCUCCACCUGGUUCUGUGCAUCGCUUACGAUUCCCAUAUAACAGGGUGGCGCCACUGUCUCACUUGCCACCAGUUGAGAACACCUUUCUGACCUUAAAUGUGGACAACCUUGACUCCAGUCAAGAAGAUAACAAAAGUACAAAAUCCAUGUUCAUUUCAUUAGAACCUUUGACCAAUCAUGAUACGUAUAGCAUGGGCAAAAGUGUUGGGGAAGAUGAAAAAUCUGAGUGAUCUAUGUGGAUGACCAAAAGUUCCAUGAUUUGAUGAGAAGGAGGCAGGUGCUUGUGUUGUCCUGUGGUAUUGAAGCCUGCUGAUUUAGCCUUGACAGAGAGCUGUGGUGUCUUUACAAAAGGAAGUACACCAACAGAAAGGAAGUACAAUGUCAACACCAAUUUGCUGGCCACUGAGAAUUUUCUGUGAUGAGAGCAAGAGACAGUUGCCCUUAAUUGUGAUGCAAAUCUGCAGCCAAGUAAACUUUCGUAGUGCACAUCUGCUUGAGCACAGCAUAGCUCCAUUGAACUCUACAUUCCAGAGACAAAAACGUUUUAGAGCUCAUGAUAUUUUUUUACACCUUGGACUAGAGGAAUGUGUUUGAAAUAUUUGUUCUUUGUCUUUGUAUCAGACACUGAAUUUUUUUGUUCUCGUUCGUUUUAUCUGGCACAACAAAGAAGGGAUGGGGAUAAGAAUUUUUAAAUGGUGAGGCAAAGACUAUAGAUAAAUGUAGUCAAGGAAGCUAAAUAUGUAGCAUUCAUUUAACACUUUGUGUCAUUAAGGGCAGUGCGAUUAAUGGUUAGUUGAGCUGUUGAAAGUGAAAUGCACGUACAGACACACAAUUUCCUCACACAUGCAUGUGUGGAUGUAGUGAGGGCUUAGGGCAUGAAUCUAAAAUAUUUUAGCUGCAGAGGUAGCAUGCAAAGGCAUUGGUAUCUUCAUUAUACAAAUAAAGCUGCAUUUAUUAGCCAAACAGUUAAUUUACAAAGUGUACUUUUAUGACUUAAGGAGAUUUGAAUACUAUGCAAUCCUCUCCCUGCCAUAAAGUCAUGGAGUUGUAGGAAAACUGAUCAUCACAUUUACAGAGCUGAAAUUUGCAUAUGCAAGACAGUCUCCUUGGAGUUUGUUAGUGAAGUAACUAUUUCGUAAGAAGAUGAAAGGCACUUUGUCAUAAUUAUUUUCUCAGAAUAUUUUGACAUUUUAAAUUUCUGAUAUCAGUUUUAUUAUUUCAGUUUUUAUAUCAUCACUGUUUGCUCAAGUUGCAAUGAGUGUACUUAUACAUGAUAAUAUUAUUAUUAAAACAUUUCAAAUAAAGAGGUCUCUGCAGGCCAUUUGUGCAGAAAAUAGCAUUAACACUUACAGUUCCGUAUGCCAUCUUUCUCAUCUAAACUUUCCAAUUCUUUCAAAAUAAUUUGUGUAUACUGCCUCAUUUGCAAAUUAGAAAAGUCUUUUUUUAACAAAUGUUUUCCAUGAUAAUCAGGGUAUUUCAUGAAGUGAUGUGUACUCUCUUGAAAGCUUUCGCUCAUCUUGAUGCUUGACUCAUAGUGUAUAAAUAAUUUUAAAACAACCAGUCAGUGUGUCAGUGAUUUUAAAACAACCAGUCAGUCAUCGGAAACUUUCAAUAUAUGAUUAUAUUGUUAAAAAAGCAUUUAGAGAAAUUUUUUUAUCACAUGACAGUAUUGAUGCAAAUAUUAAUAUAUUCAAAUAUUAGCACAAUUCAUAUUCAAAAUGUUGUCAGCUGAUCAAUGAAGCUGAGUCUGUGGAAGUAAUCUCUGUGUAAUAGUGAUGUUGAGUACAUUAGCACAAGAAGCAACAGCACCACAAUUUAGCAAACAUAUUCCUCGGAUAUAUUUAAUAUUGCAGGUAUGAAAAUGUCAUCAUCACAAAUAUGUAUCAUUUUAGUUUCUUCAGGCUUUGGGCCAACAACAAGAUGAAAUCUCACAUGGCCAUUAUAACUUUUCUCGAUCAGCGCAGUUUUACAGUCAUAUGGCGUUAGCCCCUCCACCCUCCCUGCUUUUAGCAAAGCUAUGCCUUGAUAUUGUUAAGUUUGAUGCUGCAUGCUUGUUAUUUUGUUGUCUCCAAAACUUAGGUGAGAAAUGUCAAAUGUUCAAGACUAUAAGUUUUUCAUGCUGAUCUGCUGAAAUCAUAUAUCUGAAAUAUCAUGUCAUGUUCACUGCUGAUGUAUCAAAACCAUUAUUCCUCUAAUAUUAUCUUAUCUUUUUUCUGAAAUGUGAUAUAAUCUUGAAGGAUGAGACAUGAAUUUUUAACAUGGUUGUAAAAUCUUGCCGUCUUGAUAGCUGCAGCAUGGUAACGGGAAGCUGCAUAUGGCUUCUGUAAACAUUCGGUCAUAUACAUUGUGUUACCCAAAUAUUCAGUCAACUAACUUCAUCUUUUGUGGCAUCAACAUCUGUUGAACUGACAAACCUUAGUUUUUAUAGUGCAUGGCAGUUUAACUCAGGUGGAAAUUUUCUUCUUUGAUUUGCUGAAGAUGAGUGAUUGCCAGAAUUUUGCACUUGGUAAUUUCUCAUUUUGGAAAGCAGAGUUAGCGUACUGAACCUCACAUGUGACUGCAUGAAAAAUGAAGUGAUUUCAGACAUAUGUUUGGUUACACACAAAUCUGUGGUGGAAUGCUGUAGUAUUAUUUUUCUUUUAUAAACAUCAUAAAUGAAAUGACUACAUGAUUUUAGUCUGCUUCAGUCACAGGCUACCAAUGGUCGUGAUUGGACACAUGUUUACAGCUGUAAAAGGCAAGAAGCUUCCAUAUAAACAUAUAGGGCUUACACAAAAGAUGUCGGGCCUCAGCCAUAUAUUGCUGAAGCUGAGCUGUAACUGUUAUGUAGAAGGUAGUUGUACAGAACUUCAGAUCUGGAAUGGGUUAUCAGUAAUACAACUUUAACUAGGACACAUGUAGAAAUGCUUUUCAUUUCAGGUGUGGUUAGAGGUAGGGUAGUGGCAGUUAAGUGUAUAGAAGUUUUUGUAAUGUUUUGAAGAUAUUUUUAAUGACAUUUAUUUUUGUGUUCAAUUUUUAUGAUAGAGUAAACUAAUGUAGAUCGGAAUUAAUCUCAUGGGUAGUUUCGUCUGCUUAAAUUUUGGGCUUGUGAUAGUUUGUAAUGAUUUCACAUUGUUCUCUGUAUUUAUUUAAUGUUAGUCUUUGCAACGGGUAGGGUGAUUUUACCUUCAACAUUGAGAGUUUCUACCUCUGAUGAAGACACUUUGCUCCUUUAAAAACAGCCUUAGGUUUGUGUUGUGUACGAUGCAUUUACUUUGGAAAAUAUUUGCCAGAGAUCUUUUUCUAGGAAAAGAUGUUGUACAUUGAACUUAGGCAACCAAAAGGUGUGAUAUUUACAUUAUGUUUUCAUGCUGUGAAGAAAUCCUGUAACCUAUGACAUUGUUUUAUGGUGUUCGCGGUCAAGGUUUAUUGUUUAUGGUGUUCACAGUAAAGGUUCAGAAAGUGUUAUCUGCUUCACUGUUUACCCAGGAACAAUAUCUUCUCUGGGUUACCACAGCAAUUUGAGGGUUGGGAUGUCAUUGGUAAUGGGCUUAAUUUCUGUAAACAUGUGUCAGCAAUGUUAUUCUGCUGUCUCCCUAUAAAAUGUCUCCCUGUAUGUUGUUUUCUUUCCUGUUCUGGCAUCAUCAGCAUUUGAAUUAACAAAACAACAGGAAAAGAAAAGCAAGUAGUCGUAUCAGUCAUAUCUGUACUCAAUAAUGAAAAGCAGUACAGGAGAAAUAAAUUAAAAGAAGUGAA